AUGGCAGGUUCUUCCCAGAUUAGCCAGGCUGGGCACAUCAUUUUCGAGAACGCCGGCGAUGUGACCUCCAGCGAAACUGAGGAUGAACGCUACGAGCCAACAUCGAAGGAUCCAGCACCAGUGGAUUCCAGCAAGGCUGCUUCCGUUGGAUCUCUCACUCAUGGCAGCCCAGCGGGAUGUAGGCCCUGCGCGUUCUACCUCUCGUCAACUGGAUGCCGGAAUGGGAUCGAGUGCAGCUUUUGCCACAUGGACCAUGCACCAGAGGAGCGGCAGCUGCCAAAGCCUUCAAGCCGACCAGCGAAGGGUAAGCGUGACAAGGACAAACGGCGGAUAGCCGUGGGGAUGCCCAGGUGA